GGGAUGUCAGAGAGAGUAGAAUGAAAACUUCUCCCCUCCUGAAUGAUGCACUGCAGUGUGGAGUGUGAGGAUUCUGACUGUCGGCUUUAGAGAUGGGAUUUGCAUGAUGUAAUGACUAGAACUGAGGUGCCACCGACCAGACAUCAGCCCGCGUGCGUCCUGCGUGCCACAAAGUGUCUAUCAGACUUUUUAGCAUUUCCCUGACACCCAGACCUCCGUCACACACCUUCCCAGGUCAGAGCUUCCAGGUGGGAGAAGGUGGAGGAAAGUUCGAUCCAAGCGAGGACUUUACGCAAUGUUAUCCGUAGCCACUGAUGCCACGUUUCAAAGGAGAAACUGGAAGAUGGUGGUAUGGGUGCUUAUGUCUCUGCUGCCCCUGGUGAUCGGAGACAGACCCGGGUUUAUCGAAGACCCUGUGGAUGCAGUGGGUUUUGUUACGUCCAUGCUGGAUGAGCAGCCUUUUGAUGCUCUACCUGAAGAUGAGGAGAUGGGAGAUGGAGACGGACAUUCUCCGUGGCAAACCGUUUUUGAACCUUCAGUUCUAUUAGAAGAAGAGAGUCCAGCUCGGUGGGAGCGUUCCCCACGGUCCUCAGAAGCCUCUGAUGCUCAGUCCAAAGGCUCACGCAAGAAGAAGAAGAAGAAGAAAGAGAAGGAGAAGGGUGAGGAUGAUGGGCGGGGCCAGAGCAGCCGUGACUGCCACCUGGAGAGGCGCGAGAUGCGAGUGAGAGACCUGGGGAUGGGUUACGAUUCGGACGAGAUUGUACUCUUUAAGUUCUGCGUGGGUUUGUGCCAGAGUGCACGGGGGAACUACGACGCUGCGCUGAAGGCUCUGCUGACCAACGGCAGCCUGCCCAAACGAACAGCACGCAAGGUCAGCGCCAGACCCUGCUGCCGACCCACGGCAUACAAGUCUGUGUCCUUCAUGGACACGUCCACAACAUGGAGGACCAUCGAGAAUGUCUCGGCUUUAGACUGCAAGUGCGUGGGCUAAAUGGCUAUUGGUGGAGCUGAAAACUGACACUGAUUCCCACCUCGAGAAACAGAGGUAACGUGAGGCCGGAGGGCUUCCUGAAAUCAGGAUUAUAGAAUAGGAGGCAUUUUGAGAUGAAAGCUGUUUCAGUAGAAGGAGGCAGCAAGCCUUCUGAGAUGUGCACCAUGUAUGCCUUCAGCCUUCUAUAUUCCUGACAGCAGAGUGAAAAAGUCCAGAGUGACGCCGGACUCGUGACAGGGCGAAGCACGGAGACGGUAGCCGAUGGAGCAACAAUAGACACUCAUGGAUUGCUCAAGAACAUGGCCAGGAACUUGGCAAGAAACUUUGCAAGACGUUUUAUUUGUCUGUUUUUAUUUCUUUUACUGAAGUUCAGAGACUGUGUAUAUCUGCCAGUAACGGGUGAAAACAUUUUAUAUUGUUUGAGCAGAAGCGGUUUUGUAAUUUUUGACAUUCAGGUGAACAUAUCACACACUGCCUAAAUUACUGAAGCUAUAAUUAUACAUGACUUUAUAAACUUAUAAACAGUACUGAUUUGAACUAUUUCUCCACAAAGCUGUGGGCUGUUUAGGAACUGAUGAAAAGGUCUAUAAAUGUUUAAAGGAAUACUUUUUGGAAAAAAAAACUAAUCACGUGGUUUUCCUUCUUAAACUUUCACCCGAUCAUGACACGUCUGAGGUUCGGCGUUUUUUUUUUUUUUUUUUGUUUUUUUGCUUAGUUAUUUUUUUACGCAUAUGCAGUGAGGCUAAUGUUUAGUAGCUAGCAAAGAUUCUGUUACAGCAAAAAUAUCCAACCUCCAUAAUUUACACAAAGUUAUUUAAGAUUCAAAGUGGAACUAUUUUACCAUCCAUAUUAGAUGACAGGGUCAUGGAGGUGGACUGAUACCAAACCUCAGAAAACAGUUAUUGUGUUUGUCCAAGAUGGCUGCCUCUAUACUGCUGAGGUUUUUUGUAUGUUUAGGUCACAUCAGCAUUUUUUCCUACGCAUUCUAUCAUAAGGAAAAUAAUGUUGUCAUGUUAAUGAGCCUGUUUAGAAAAAAUGCUAAAUCACAUCAUCAGUGAAAAACUUUACCAGUUCGUCAGUUCAUCAAGGUCACUUACAAAACCUAAGCAGCUAGCUAAUUUAACAUGCAGAUUUUAAAAAGUGAACUAGCUAGCUAGAAUUUACCCCUGAAAAAAGUGAUCUAUCUAUGAUAUAUAAGAUUUACUUAUCUUCCUGAAUUACAUAUCAAGUUUAUUAUUUUUAUUAUUUUUUUUACAAAUUAGCUUGUUUAAUUAGCUAGCUAGCAAGUUAUGGUCUGUAAAGUACCUUCCUGAAUUAGCUGACUAGUUUCUUUUUUAUUUAUCUUUGACGAAUUACGUAGCUAGUUCAUAUUUGAAAAUUAGCUUGUAAUAAGUAAAAGUUUUUUUUUUCCUAAAAAAGUGUGGAUUCGAUGAAAAAAUACAACUUAAGUAAAGUACAGAACAUCCCAAAGAUUACUUCAAUAUAGUAACGACUUACAAUAAUUAAAGUAUUUUCUGCCUCUAUAGUUAAUAAUUAAGCUAGUUGUUAGCUUCGUUAGCCUCAUAGCUAUAGCACAAAUUAUCAGACAGCGAACACGGACGAUCAAUGAGAUUGAAAAGGAAAGUUUCGGGAAACUGACUGUGUUCAGGUUGAACGUGAUACAGAUCCGAUCAGCAAUAUAUAAAUACCAGAUUAGCAUUUAUACCUGUUCUAGCCGUCUCUACUUGUUGCCUCCGACUGCAAUGCGUUUUGUCGUUGCUCUACAACAUGGAUGCUGUGCAUCUCUUAGCAUUUACUGUAUGCUUCAUAGGUCAAAUAUUUAUUUUUGCAUUUAAGUUAUUUAUUUAUUCAUUCAUCUGUAUGAGGAUGUGUUUCUGACCAUAUAUACACACACACACACACACACACACACACACACAAAUAAAUAUAUUUAUUAACGGGUAUAAUGUUUAUUUUUCUCUUCGUUCCUGACUUGUUCGUUAUUUGAAAUUGGCAAAAACGUUAAAAAACGUUUUGUUGAGGUUUUGUUGACAUUGGAAGUCAGUAUGGAGGACACUGACAGCUGCCUUGUUGAUAUUCACUCUCCCUUUAAAGAAAAAGCUGCUCUUGAGGAAAUACUCCAAUGUACAACAGUAGU